ACAUUGGUAAUUACCAAGGGUCAUCAGUCUUACUAGUGAUUAAUUCGUAAUUAUGGCAAGAGUAUCAAGUCACGAGGGAUUUGGACUGUUUGCAUUCGCUCCCAUUACUCGAGAUUCAUUUAUUCAUUCAUUCAUUUAUUUAUUUAUUCAUUCAUUCAUUCAUUCUCUUCGUGUAUAUAUAUAUACGUUGCAGGUCCAUAUUCCUCUGAAAAGCAUAACACUGUAAGGUAAGCCUUUCUUUGGUUAUUGUCUCCUUUCCUCUUCUGCAACACUGAACAUUUGUCUUAUUUCUACAAUAUGAUUAUACUAUAUCAACGUUCAGGAAACCACAUAGUAUUUAUGUUCUUCUUGAGUCUGUUUAGAGUAUUGCUGUAUUUUCGGAGUACAGUGUCUCUCUUGUUCUGCUCAUCUCUGAAGAGUAAUCCCUAAAAUGUUCUUCCUAAACUCCUUGAUCUUGUAGACACUGUUAAGAAUGUGGUUUGAAUUUAGUAAGGCUUUGAGUCCAUAGUAGAAUCUUUUUCUUUUUUUGUUACUCCAAAUGAGCUUUUCUUUUCUUGAAGUUUGACAGUGAUGAAUCUUUAUUACAGAAAUGGCCAAUCAAGUUAGUAAGAAGUUCACUUGGGUGAUAGAUGACUUCUCUAUGCAAUCUGAGAUGUAUUCAUCUGUUCCAGUCCUGAUUGGUGACUGCGAAUGGUAUAUUUUUAUUGAUCCCAAGGAAGAAAACGUUAAUUCUUUGUAUAUGGGUCUUGAAGUUGCUGAUCCUGAAUCAUUGCCUUCUGGAUGGAGAAGAUACGUAAAGCUUCGGCUAUCUGUAGGAAACCAAUAUUUGGGAGAACUUGCAUUACUGAAUGAAAAUCAUCUCUGGUUUGAUCAGAAGAAAUUGGGCUACGGAUUUUCAACUAAUGUUCCUCUUACCAAACUCCUUGACGAAAGCAAAGGGUUUCUAGAAAACGGAGAACUCAAGAUUGUUGCUGAGGUAGAAGUUGCUGAAGUUGUUGGCACAUAUGGUUGCUCAGAAGAAUAUGAAUGUGCAUACCAAUCUCCAUGCGAGAUGAUGCCAGAUGAUGGUCCGAAGCCUUUACGCAACAAGACUCAAGAGAGCGUCGAUGUCAAUGGGUUUCAUGUUCUUCCAUCACAGGUAGAAAAAAACUUAUGUAGUAGUUCAAACUUUUUCCUUGUCUUCACCUUUUUCCAGAUUUCCAAAGAAUGCUCUCUCAUAUGCUUGCAGGUUAAAUUUGUGAGAUGUAUUUUUGAAAGACACCCAGGCAUUGCAGUAGGGUUCCGUUCAAAGAACCAACUUCUGAGGAAAACAUCUAUGAAUUUCCUGCUCAACUUAAUCGAAACGCUAUGCCAAUCUCUUCAGGACCUUUCUAAUGAAGAUCUUGAGGAUGCAGACAUUUCUCUGACAUACUUGAAAGAUGUUGGCUUUGAAGUGGAGUGGUUGGGGUGUAUACUAGACGACGUAAAAGAAAAGAAGGAGAAAGAACAGUCUAGUUUGGUUAGGCUACGAGAAAUGGAUGAUAGCUCACUUAAACUGAAGCAAAAAUGUUCAGACCUUGAUGCUCUAGUGAAGGAGGAGGAGGCAGAGUUGUCGGCCACCAGAACCCCUCUCUCGUUCUAUGAAGUUGUUUGAUCUCUUGAGUUCUUACCCAUUUGUUUGUGUCCUCUUCUUUUGUUUUCUUUUUUUGUUUCAAAAUAAGACAAUUUUAUCUAGGGCUUAUUGGCGUAAUAGCCAUAUUUGAGAAAGAAAUCAAGAGAAUAGACAUGAUUUUGACAGAAUGUAGUGACUGUCUUUUUACCAUCAUUCUAGUCGGUUAUACCCUUCUUAGUAACAGGUACCCGGUUCCUUCACAUAAAGAAAACGACGUGGUGAUUUUGUGACCCAUAAUAACAAUGAGAGAAUUUUGGAAGCACGUGAAAUGAAACGACGAAAUAGAAGAUAAUGAAACGUAUAUUCUAUACCGAUUGCAAGCGUUCCAUACUAAUUUGGGUAGAAUAGCAUCAUUGUAAACCAAUUCCAAUUGAAAGAGCAGCAACACUGAAAAUUUAGAAAUAAACUAAUGAACUAAAUCACUAAACCCAACAUAAAAAUAGAAACCAUUGACACAAUCAAUGUUUAAGUUAAAGAAAGUGAUAGUAGACCGUCUUAUGUUUCUAAGGACUACAAAGAAGGUUAAUUUCCAUUUAACAACUACUAAUAAAAAAUCGAAGUAUACUAUUUUAUUUAGCGGCGAACUAUUCCAUAUGCUAAAGUAUAAAUGAGUAAGUUAAUAAUUAUAAAUAUGUUUUAUAGGGUUACGUACACAGUCGCACAAUCUAUUACGACUUCUAUUCUAUCAAACCCGUACUAUUUAAAAUGGUACUAUAUACACAGUCGAUCCAUGUUUGAUCAACAUGAAAUACACAGCUAAUGGGAUGGUAAUAGAAUACUUGACAGUAAACACUAAACCCAAGUUAGGGAAAUAUAAACCCCAAUCCACUUUCCAUAAUACUGGAGACAUGUAUUUAUAGUCCUCGUGAACAACAUGAAAUACAAAAUUAAUGGGAGCAAUAAACACUAAACCCAAGCUAAUGUAUAUUAUAUACCGAUUGCAAGCAUUUCAUACUAGUUUGAGUAGAAUAGUAUCACUGUAAAUCUAAUUUCAUAUGCUAAAGUAUAUAUGUGUAAGUUAAUAAUUAUAAAUGUGUCUUAUAGGAUUCCGUACACAGUCGCACAAUCCAUUACGAGAAGACUUAUAUUCUAUCUGACCCGUACUAUUUAAAAUGGUACUGUGUACACAGUCGAUCCAGGCUUGACCAACAGGAAAUACAAAGCUAAUGGGAUGAUAAUAGAAUACUUGACAGUAAACACUAAACCCAAGUUAGGGAAAUAUAAACCCCAAUCCACCUUCCAUAUACACUAUGUACUAUCCAUCGCUGAUACAAAAUCCCAAUUCAUGCAUAAGAAAGAAGAAGAGCAUCAGAGGGAAACACAACCGACUUUAAAUUGUAGAAGCCAAUUUACCUACCAGAUCUGACAUUCACCAUAGAGAAGAUUGUAUAUUUAUCAGUGACAGAGACAAAUAAGUGUAAUGCUAAAAAAACAAUGAUAUUCUGUGUAAUUCAAAAGGCUGACAGACUAAACAAAACAAGCAAACACACAAAGCAUAAAUCAAAAUGACAAUACAAUAAAUACGUUACAAACAAGGAAAUAUUAAACAAGAAAAGCAGAAUAGCAAGUGAUACUAUCUUAGGUGAAAUAGUUCAAUUCGAUACGAAUACUAUUUCAUUUCAAAUGGACUCGAGUUUAUAAAUAUCAUACUAUGUCUACUUAGUGAGCAUUUGUAAGUUGGGAUAUUCUACACAUCUUCCCCUAAAUUACUACACUACUUAUUUUGCAGCACUGACACAAAGAUAAUUCAAAUUAAAGGAACCCUCACACAACCCGGAAAAACCCAAACCCUCAAUCAAAUUGGAAAAGCCCGAUGAGAGGGAUUAAUUCUGUAAACGGUACCGAUGGUAUGCAACAGGAACGAUGAUACUAUUCUAAAUGGAAUAUAUGAAUUAGAUAAGUAUACUAUUACAUCCCAAAUAGAAUGGAGGUUUUAAAUUAGAUAAGUAUACUAUGAGACGAGCCCAAAUAAAAGAAAAUAAACACAGAAGAAGCAAAGACGAAGAGAAUCGACGGAAACGAGGGAGAAUUUACAAAAAUUUCAGAGAUCUGAGAAGAAUCGAGUUUGUGAAGUUGGAUAGGAAGGGUGUGUUACUAACUGCCGCUGAAACUCUAACGCAGAACCCUAACGCCAAACCAAACGCCGAACACGAUUGAAAGGAAGCACGAAGAAGAUGGAAAAGCUGUCGAUUGAAGGUGGAGGGAGGAUUUGGAGCAAAUCGGUGCCGUAAAGCGCUCAGACCUCGAAAAAAUUAUCAACAAAAGUGAAAAGGGAAUUGUGAAUAGAGGUAAGACACGAGAUAUCUUUUAUGCGGUUAAUAAUUUAUUUUUUAAUUAAUUUUUGGUAGCAGGUUGGCCGGUUGAGUUUAAAGGGUAUUACAGUAUUAAUAUGUAUAUAUAACUCCGUGUAUAGAAACGUUAGGGAAAAUAGCUAUUGUGUGUAUUAUGGUUUUUUUCAUGUCUAUAGGCCCCAAUUCCCCUUUUAUCUAUGUUUGUGGAAAGUCUUGGGCUAUGCGCAUGAAAAGUAACAUGGUUAUAAAUCUUGAUUUUUAAGUAAUUAUCUCUUGCGUAUGAAAACAUAGUGACACUUGAGUAGCAUAGUCAAGCCAGUUGGCCCUAGCUAGAUAUGUUUAAUAAGGUUUCCCGCUACCAUCCGCAAAUGCAGUUUUUGCGUUUAGUAGCGGUUAUUGACGUUUUCAACAGUCACUCAAACCGUUGUAAACCACUUUCAACUAUUAUAUCGUCUCUUAAAUUCAAAAACUGGUUACAACUAGCGUUUGCAGUUGUGGGCGGUUGCGAAAAGAUAAAAAAAUUUCUUCUUUUUCAAAAACAAUAUAAUACAAUAAUAAAAAUAAAAAUAUGAAAUUUGAAAUAAUAGAAAUGCUAAAAUAUAUCUAUUAUAUUUAAAUGUAUAUUAUAAAUUUUUUAAAAUAAAAUAUUUUCUAUAAUUUUU